AUGGGUGUCCCUUUUGAAGCUCUAUUGCCCUAUGGCAUUUGUCUUGCCGUACGCUACCAUCUCGACCUUCCUGACGCCAUCAGAAACAUCCAGAACGGCGGCAAGCGCGCCAGACACUCCAUCGACCAGUGGGACAGACAAAUGAUGGACCGCGACCGUCGCCUGACAGGCUGGCUCAGAGGCCAAGUCGACCGCCCCAUUGCCCCCGCUGGCUUCGAAUACAGCAAUGGAUGGAGAGUCGAGAAGAACUUGCACUAG